AUGGAUACAACUAUUGUAAACAGCGAAGAACAACGCCAACUAAUUCCUAUGUCUUCAUUACCACAAGAGAAAAACUCCAAUGAAGACACAAUCAUUGUUACAAUUGAAACAAAUGAUAGUAUGGAAAAUGAAGCAUCCAAAAACAUGAAACAAAAACUAUUUAUUCUACGCUUAUGUUCAAAUUUAAAGCAAACCUUAACAUCACUUCAACGCCCACAUUUGUCUGAUAGUACUUUACGAUUCAUAUUUCUAUUAUUGAUAGCACUAAUUGGUUUAACUAGUUUUACAAUCGCGCUUAUCAUCGGUUCUACUAUAAUUCAAUUUAAACACCAAUGUCCACUUUACGCAUCAUUUACAUUUCAAACAUUCAUAACUAGUGAAAGCAAUUGGACAGUUAAAAUAAUACCGUUAACAGAAAAAUUUAGUUCCCAAUCUACAUGUGAUUUUUGUACAUUUUACAAUGUUUUUACAUUUAUUUAUUGUAUUAUGACGGGAUUCUUUUUUAUAUUAUUUAAUGGGGAUCAAAGAAUAGUGGCAACAAAUGAUCAAUGUUUGAUCAUACCAUGGUUUCCUAUUUCCAUUAUACUCGGUAUAUUCUCAUUAAUAAAUGCAUCUAUCUUAACAAAUGGCUUUCUAAAAUUUUGCUCCACCAUUACAUCACAUGAUGCUCGUGUAAUGUCAUGCACUCAACUAAAUCAUUUAUUUUUCGAACAAUAUCCUCAUGUUUCAUCGUUUUUCUCCUAUAUGCUAUGUGCCAUAAUUUCUUCCUGGAUUCAAUUAACAUUUUUCAUUGGUAUUAUUACUAUUCUUACUAUUCGUAUUGGUUCAUCAUUUGAUUGGAAUCAUGAAAAACGUAAAAAGUCGUCGAUUAAUAUCGUUAUGAAAUCUAUAGAGCAAACAUGA